GCCAGCAUGGUGAGCGCCGACCGCGAAAGCGGCCUGGUCUGGACGCUCAAGGAGCUCCGCUUUGCGUCCCUCUGGGGCGAGAAGAAGCAGGAGGAGCUCGACGGCAAGGACGCCAGCCUGGCGAAGGUGCGGGAGGAGCUGGAGGAGGCUCAGGGACAGCUCAAGGAACUCAGGGCGCAGUCCGAAGCCUCCGCGGCCUCUGCUGCGCAG